CGGAGUUUCAUCCGCAGUAGUAUUUAAAGGGAAUUUUUUGAAUGACGUCAUUCAGAGAAGAUGUUUUCGUCCACCAGGGGUUGCACUCGGCGGUCGGUCGAGUGGGGCUCGGGAGUCAUGGCUGCUGGUUGUUGCGGGGCGAAGAAGCAGAAACUUAAUAAUCAUGGUAGUCAGUGUUGUAACGGGUCCAUCGUGCAUCCACGUACCUACCAGCCAACUUUAUACAAAAACGGUAUGGUCGCGUGUGUGGAAAUGUGUAUAUUUUGCUUUGAUGUCCUUUACUGUCAUCUGAAUCAGUUUGAGUCCCCCAAAACACCAAGCUUUCCAAACGACAGCUAUGCUUUCAAGGAUAGUCGGUUUAGCCCCAUAACAAGAGAUGAGUUUCCUAAGUUACAUGUGUCAGUUUCCAUUUUGCGCCACUUUGAAGAUGCAAUGGACUAUUUGGAUUGGGAGAAACAACUUUUACAGCAAUGGAAUUUUUAUCAUAUGGAUGAGAUGUAUACAAUUAUUUGGAUAAGAGAGAUGUAUACAAUCCAUAAAUGAUGUAAGCAUUUAAAACAAAUUAAAUUUCUAAUUUGUUUUUUUCUAAAUGCAAAAAUAUAGACUAAAAUAAUAAGAAGUUAUAUUGAAUCUUCUUAUUUAAAAUUUUAAUUAACUGACUAAUUUUGGGAGACUAGAAAAACUGACUUUAUCCUAAAAGUAUAUUCAUAAAAUAGACUAGUUAAAAUUUCUUAAUGUUUUCAAAACAUUUCAUUAAAUUUACAAGAAAAAUGAGAUUUAUCAAAAUAUUUCAAGAAGAAAAUGUGAUAUCUACAAUUAGUUCAUGAAUGUUUUUUGACAAGAUUUUAUUUAAAAAAUAACAGUAAUUAAAAAGGUUACAUUUUUAAUGGGGAUAGUUUAUUCUGAAUGAUUUAAAAAUUUAUUUAAAUGUAAAACAUUGACUGUCAAAACCAUUGGUUUGUUUUUUUGUAAACAUAUUUGCAAAUAAAUAUUAAUUUACCAUGCAAUUUACAGUUAAUGAUAGAUAUCUCACACUAUAUAUAUAAACUUUUUUUAUAAUUACUGUAUAUAUAAAGCAAUUUGGUUAAAUUUGGAACGUCUUUUGAAUUUUGGCAGUAAAUAAAGCAGACAAAUAAUCUUAAAAGUGUAUGUAUAUGUCUACACCAAAUAUUGAGAUGAAAAUCUUGAAGUUGACUUAUUAACUGGCAUUUACAGUAAAUGAAAUAAAUUUAAGUUUCUGUAUAUACAUAUGUAAAUAUAGAAAUAUGAAUUUAUUUCAUAUUUCAUAAAUGCCUGUUUAUAAGUGAACCUCAUCUUAAAAUUCUGAAACUUAUACCUGCUAUAUAAGUUGAUUCCCUUUAAAUUAAAAAAUUAAUCAGCUGUGAGAAAUAACAUUUAGUGGCAUGUUUGUUUAUACUGAAAUUCUGUUAUAUUAAUACAAGUAUCUAUGCUAAAUAACUUUAUCACAAAUACAAGUUUUUGUUUGAAAUAUUUGUAAUAGCUGGCUGAGUUACGGUAAGAGGUGCAGGGCAAUUGCUAGGAGCACUUCUGUGAUAAAGGUUAGCAUUUCAUACUUACUGUACAAGUAAACUCCUAAUUUUGUAGAGAUUUUUUUCAGGUUUAGAAAUUUGACUUGCAUGCUGGCAUUUACAAAAUCUAGUAUCAGACUUGCAAAAAAAAAUCUUGAAUGGUAAAACAGAUAAGAAUAGAGUCAGGAGAAGAGUUUUUGAAUGUUAAUGUCAUUAAGUAAUACAUAUACAUAUGACUGAAAUGCUCAGAAUAGAAUAGAAUUUUUUAAUUUACAAAUGAGGCUGGUUAUGUUUAAAUUAUAAUUUUAAUUCAAAGUUUUAAACAGUUGUGAUUAAA